CAUGGUAUAAUGAAAUCCUCAACACCUUUAACAUCUACAACAUCAACUUUAACAUCUACAACAUCAACUUUAAUACCUACAACAUCAACUUUACCCACAACAUCAAAUUUCACAUCUACAGCAUCAACCUUAACAUCUACAACAUCAACUAUUAAUUUUAGUAAUUCUGAAUCAGAAAUUAAUAUACCAUUAAUUAAAUUUAUUGUUUCCUCUGGAUUACCUUUUAAUUUUGUUGAUACUUUAAAAUCUGCUGGAUUUGUUAAUCCAAAUAUUGAACUAUCUACUUCUGAUAUUAUAAAAAAGCAAAUAAAUAAAGCAUAUAAUCGUUUAUUCCUUCAAUUAAAGUUAAAAGCUCAGCAAGAGAAAUCUACUAUGCUUUCAAUUUAUGAAUUCAAACCAGAUACUAAGAUUGAUGAAGACUAUGCAGUAAUCACUUGUAAUUGGCUAACUAAAGACUUUGAAUUUCAUAAAAUCCAGUUGUUUACAAAAAAAUGUUACUCUGAAAUAGACGAUGAAGAAGAUUUUUACGGUGAUAUUAUUGAUGCUUUACUAGAGUUGGAAUUAACUAAUUUAAAAUUUUAUAGCGACAACGUCAAUGAUUUUUUCGAUAGGGUGCGAGAUUGGGAUGCUGACGAGAAAUAUCAAAAUUUUGUACAAAACCUUACACGAUUGCCUGUUAACUGCUUGAAUAAAUUAAAUGGUUUAAUAUUAAGAAGUUUAGGGAAAUGGGCUAGAGAACACGUUAAUAACCAAACAAUGCCUGAGAGAAUCAAAGCUGUAGAAAAUGCUACUAAAUGUCUUUGGAGUGUAGUAAAUUUUUUAAAGCAUAAUAGAGUACAAGGAGAAAUACAGAAUAUGCAAAUAACGUUUAGUUAUUCGACAACUGUUGACGUUCAGAAUGCAAAAAAAAUUAGUUGCAAUUGCACUUAUCAUCAAAUAGCAUUUCUUAAAUUAAUGGAGGAACCUUUUAUACAACUAGUUAAUAAUUAUAAUAAUUAUGAAAGUGCUUACAUUAAGGAAAAGGGCAAAUUCUUUAAAGGACUUCUACUAGAUUCUUUACCAUUUGGCAUAUUUUCUAAAUUGCUGCAACUAUUUAAACCUUUAGAGCAUAUUACAUGCGGUACUCGUAAAGUGCUUAUGAAAGAAUAUUCGAAUUUAAUAGAUAGAAUUGUCAUUAAUGCAGAUAAUAUUCUGAAAGAACUUCAGUUUAAUGGUGAUUUGUUUAAUGGCGAUUUAGAAUAUGAACUCUUUAAAUCAUUUCUAACAUCGAUUCCUUUGUGUUUUGGGGACAGUUUUUUAUUUGAUGUGCGUCUAGCUUCAUUAUUAGAUCCAAGUUCUAAAACGGAUGAAGUUUCACCCGUGAUUAUAGAAUAUACACUAAAAAAAUGCCAAGCCUAUUAUUUAAACAAUAUUUUUUCAGACAAUUUGGAUAAAUCACUGCAAGCAGCAAAUGAAGAGUUGAGAUGUUAUAUUAAUCGCCCACAAUUAUUAUUAGAUACUAUUAAUCCAUAUGAGUGGUGGCAAGGUUCAAAACAAAUGCUUCCUGGACUAGCUACUCUUGCGAGAGAAUAUUUGCCUACAUUGACAGUGGAUGAUGAAAAUCCAGUAGAAAAUCUAGAUGAACUUAUAAAUACUUAUGACGAUGACGACAUGACUUAUAUUCUUUUUAUCAUGUCCGGAUAUAAAAGAAAUCAAGAAAUAUUUCAACCAUCCAACUCUAACGAUAAUGAGAAUAACUUAAUUGCUAUUAGCAGUAGUGGAGCUCAACAAACAAAACGCCAACGCACAGAAAAUAAUGAUAAGGAAAGCAUUUGUUGGAAAUAUUUUGAACCAUUCAAGGUCCCAAAGGAGAAUGGAACAGUGACAAAAUGUACAAUUCCUGGAUGCACGACAA